UGUAUUUCUUUAUAUGUGCACAUGUAUGUAAGCACAUGAGAGCGCCUGCUGUUUGUCUUGUGAAGUGCAUCGCAUCCUAUGCAUAUCGCAUCUGUGUCGUUUCAAUGUGACCCGAGUCCGCCAUACCGUGUGUAAAGGACUGCACGCCAGCGCUCAAGUGCACUUACUAUCACGCAAGGCUAGUGAAUGAGGAUUGUCUGACACUGAACAAAAGUCACUUUGAACAGCCAGCCGCCUCAGACAGGGACACGCGCGAAUCAUGGCCGAGGACAUUCAGCAGAAACUGGAGAAGUACCGCACGGCGCCGUUCGAUGCCCGCUUUCCGAACCAGAACCAGACGAGAAACUGCUGGCAGAACUACUUGGAUUAUCAUCGCUGCCAAAAAGCUCUGGAUGCCAAAGGUGUCGACACAGCUCCAUGUGACUGGUACAAGAGGGUCUACAAAUCUCUCUGUCCUCUUUCCUGGAUCGAGAAAUGGGACACCCAGAGGGAAGAUGGAACAUUUCCGGGAAAGAUCUGAGGAUUGUACAAAAGUCUCCAAAGCACUGCGUCAAGGGAACCGAAAUGCAUCUGUCUGUGGUAUCGUCUCACCCCAGCCGAGCAGGGCCUUAUCAAUGUUUGUUCAAAAACGCUCCUGUCAGGCUGGAGGAUGAGAUUGAUUGUUAAUGUCAUUCCUUAUUUAAAGUGAAAGUAUUGCAGAUUCUGCAUUAAAAUCUCUCAGGCUUUAAAAUGUGA